CGGGCAUUGCCUUCGUCGCUUUGCUUAUUUUAUUGUGUGGCCGGGUAACCGCUGGGAGGAAGCCCUUGUUUCUUUCCUUCAUGUUACUCCCCCUUUCUCUGUAUGCUCUUCUAGCCUUAUUCACUGUCCAUUCCGAAGCUUCAAGUCAGGCUUCAAGACCCAUCAAACGCGUCGCACAUCCUCAAUAUCAUGGCAUUGAUAUCUUCCCCCGUGUUCCUCCGCUCGCGAAGCGGGACUCCUCAUUACAAUUCGACGACUCAUUCAGGCUCACGUUGUCAGUCUUUGAACAGACUUAUCACCUUCACCUAUCUCCCAACAACCACCUUAUUCAUCCUGCGGCACGAGUUACCUACCAUGAACGCGACCCAUUGACGGGACAAGUCAGUUCUAAAACGGUUCCACUCCUUCGAGAAUCGGUGAAAGCAUAUCAUGGGCAUGUUGUUCACCCUGAACAUACCGACGCUCGGAUACUCGAAGACAUUGCCGGCGUUGCGCAUUCUUCAUAUCCAGCACUUGGCUGGGCUAGAGUUAUCUUACAUGACGACGGCGACCCUACCAUUGGGAAACCACCCUUAUUUGAAGGCGCAUUUUCCGUCAAUCACGUUAUUCAUCACAUAGUGACAAAAGACAAUUAUCUUCGCGCAAAACAGUCUUUUGAUCCAGAACUCGUAGAAGAACUUGACGACCUCCAGCUUGUAAUCUGGCGCGAGACUGACGUGACAUCUGCGGAGGAAGUCGAGGACUUUGUUGGCAAAGGAUUGGAUUUGAAUCCGGGAAAAGGGGGCACAUGUGCUCAUGAUACGCUAGAGUAUAACACCAACCCUGCACUCAACCCCACACUACGCCCUGACUAUGAACCGUCGCUUCUUCCGUACCCACUAUCCUUCUGGCGCCGAGAUCUCAUCGGAGGAGAUGUGCAAACAAACUAUGUUGACUUCAUCGGGCAGACGGCUGGUUGCCCCACUUCCCAAAAACUCGUUUACAUGGGCGUGGCUGCUGACUGCGCUUAUGUUGCAAAAUACGGAUCUACUGCGAAUGCGACUCAGAAAAUCCUGAACGACUGGAAUUCUGCGAGCGCGCUGUACAAAUCCACUCUCAAUGUUAGUCUCGGUAUUGUUGAACUCCAAGUCCAAAGUGGAUCCUGCCCAACUCAAGCAGACCCCAACACGCCUUGGAACAUCGAUUGCUCUGGCAGUGGUGGCGACAUCAACCAUCGACUUUCGCUCUUCUCUCAAUGGCGUGGUGCGAAAGGCAACGACGGUGCUGGAUUAUGGCAUCUGAUGAGUGGAUGCCCUACUGGGCAACAAGUCGGUAUUGCUUGGUUGUCUACUCUGUGCCAAAAUACCGCAUCGAACAACCCAGAUGGACAGAUCGUCAGUGGAACCGGCGUAUCGACGUUUGGUCUGACGGAGUGGCAAGUCGUAGCUCAUGAGAUUGGACACAACUUUGGCGCCAUCCACGAUUGCGAUACAAAUACUUGUGGAUCUGCUCCUAACACUUGUUGUCCACUUAGCAGUUCGACAUGCAAUUCCGAUUCCAAAUUCGUCAUGAACCCUACUUCACAGCCGGGUGAAAAUAACUUCUCACCUUGUACCAUCGGAAACAUAUGUUCCCUGAUGCGAGAAGGAGCAAAAAACCCAAUCAACUCAUCUUGCCUCGUAGACGCCUCCUCUAAACAACGCCCACUUCUGUCUCUCAAAAUGUGCGGCAACGGUAUCGUUGAAGAAGGUGAAGACUGUGACCCCGGUUCUGGCGUUACUUCUCCCUGCUGCGACAGUCAAACCUGUAAAUUCAAAAGCGGAGCGAAAUGCGAUCCACUCAGUAGUACAUGUUGCACCGAUCAAUGUGACUUUGCACCGAGUGGGAAAGUGUGUCGGGCGAGUAAGGAUAGCGCUUGUGAUGUGGAAGAGAAAUGUUCGGGGACCAGUGGAAACUGUCCGAAUGAUGUUGUUAAACCGGAUGGUGAGAGUUGCGGUUCUGGAGAUCUCAAGUGUGCGAGCGGGUUAUGUACGUCUGUGGCGAAACAAUGUCAGAGCCAAGGUGCAUCUAUGAACCUCACGGACGGUUGUAGACAGCCGCAAUCGACAUGUGAACUGGUCUGCCAAGAUCCUAAAUCGUCCAAUUCCUGUAUCAAAUUGUCGACAUUGAUGAUUGAAGGGUCGCCUUGUGGUUUCGCAGGAACAUGCAAGGGAGGGAAGUGCGAAGCGGGAGGGUGGUUCCAGACGGUUCAAGCCUGGUACAAACGAAACUUGCAAAUUGCAAUUCCGGUGACAAUCGCAGCUGCGUUGGUUAUUCUGUUGAUUCUGUACUGCGGUUUUAGAUGUAUCUGCGGAGGUCGUAGGAGAAGUAACACCAAGUACAUGCAAGUGACGCCAGCUGCCGUUGCUCCUAGCUAUAACCCGAAUACGAAUUAUCAGAGGUUGGGUACCUAGAAGAUUUGAGUGGGCGUGGCUCACUGGAUGGCAGAUGCGUUGGAACUUGGGAUCCACUAUAGACGAAUAUUUCAUGGUUACGAAACGAACAUUGUACGAUCCAUUCUUUGUAGACUCGUAAGGACUACUGCUUCAAGUAAUCGUGAUACGCUUGCUUUUAUUCUGUACCAUUAGAUUUCAUAUCAUUCAAUGACUAUGGCGGAAGUCGAGUUGUUGUCGCUGUGCCGAUAGGUGGACUGCC